UGCUCAACCUCCUUCAGCACCAAACCUCAGAGUUGUGAAAGGAGCAGGUGAAUCACGGAGCAGAUUAGUCUCACUUCAACUCUUCUCUUUUGUAUUGGACAAAACAUCUGGGCUGAUUUCAAUAAUCAUGUCUCUGGCAAAGGACUUGUUGUACCCCAGUCUGGCAGACGAGAGGAGGAAACACAAGAAGAAGAGGCUGGUGCAGAACCCCAACUCCUACUUCAUGGAUGUCAAAUGCAUAGGCUGCUACAGGAUCUCCACCAUCUUCAGCCAUGCCCACACAGUGGUGGCCUGCCCCGGCUGCUCUGUGAUCCUCUGCAGGCCACGAGGGGGGAAAUGCAGACUGACAGCAGGCUGUGCCUUCAGGAAGAAAUGUUCCUGAGAUGCAAUUUGCCAUGACAGCCACUAGGAGGCAGCAGAGGGGACCAUGAAAAGAUCUGAGCCACUCCGUGUGGCUUAAUAGAGACAUCACCUCUAUGCUAUUUGCAACUUGUAAUUUCGGGGUAAUUUGACCCUCUUGUGGGUUUUAAUGACGACACGAACAUAGGACCACGCUUGUACACUCCAUUAUGCUCAGUGAAAAAUGUAUGAAGGCAAUUAUAGCACAGAAAAACCUCAAAAUGCAAAAGGAGUCAAAUGAAUCAGAACUUCUGUAAAACAUUUAUUGAGGGCUGAACAUGGAGGGGGUGGUAAAUGAAACAAAAAGAACAGGGCCUCAAUCAAAUUUUUAGGCCCCCUCCUAGGCCUUGACAUAAGCUGAGACCAUCACAAAAAAUAAAAUAAAACAUUUAAAGAUUUAAUUGUCUGUGUCAUGUGUUCUUUGGUCUUUGCAUUUCCCUUGGAAAAUAAAGAAGUGGCAUAAAA